GAGAGAGAGAAAAUUAAUUAGUAAACAUCCAAGGUAAAAAAUUAAAAUUGCAGCAGUCGUAAAAACAGUGUAUAAUUGUCAUCUAUAACAGUAGUUAUGGGUAGACAAUGUUGUGUUUUGGGAUGUUCCUCAGGGAUUCAUUUACCCUUCCACUCAUUCCCCAAGAAUGAAAUUAUGGCAAAUAAGUGGAAGACUGCUGUUUAUUCAGUGAAAAUUAAGCAUCUGACCGAGGAGCAAAUAAAAAAGUGUGUCGUAUGUUAUAGACAUUUUGCGGAUAAUGAUUAUGAUUCAAUAUAUAGAUUGCGAAGAUUAAAACCUGAUGUUGUACCAUCAUUAUUUUUGCCAGAUAACGAUAACAAUAAUGACAAUUCAAAGGCAGAUUUGACAGUGGAAAAUUCUAAGACAGAAAUUGUGUGCACCCCAGCUGUAAAUGUUUCUAUCACAGAAAUGAAAACAGCAGGAUAUAAACAAAUUAUGUCAAAAGUACCAAACAUUACUAUUAACCUAACGAAUGAAAAUUCAUCAAAGACAGGACUUUCUUCACCAAAAGAUCCAACAUUAUACGAUAAACAUAUGAAAUGCUUUCAUCGUUUUACGCCAAAAAUGUGGAAGUUAUAUAAAAUUGCCUAUAUAUUGACAAGGAAACAAGAAGCUGUAUCAAGGAAGCAGUUGUCAUUCCGUCAGCGUAUAAGACAAGCCAAUCAAUAUAGCAAAAGUCCUGCUAUAAAAAAAUUAUUGUAUUUGCUAACACCUACUCAACGAACAUUUGUUCAAAUGCAGAUAAAAACCAAAUAUUCACCUAAGGAUAGAUAUUUCACAUUAGAUGAGAAGAUUGCAGCUUUGUCUAUCAUGAAACAAUUCAGUAAAUGUUACGAAUGCCUAACACAAGUUUUUGAUCUGCCCAGUACACAUACGUUACGGUCCAUACUUCAGAAAAUUAACAUUCAUCCUGGUCCAAUCAAUUUUAUAAAUCGACGCUUAAAAGAACAAGUAAAAGUGAUGAAACAGAAAGAUAAAUUAUGUCUUUUAAUGUGGGACGAAAUAUUAUUACAACCUCACUUGGAUUAUGAUGCAAAAAAGAAGCACAUUGUUGGUUUCGAAGACUUUGGGGGCAGGAGGAAUGCACGAUUUGCUGAUCAUGCGAUGGUUUUUAUGGUGCGCGGCAUACAAAAUGGAUGGAAGUUUCCACUGGCAUAUUAUCUCUGCGAUGGUGCUACACAAAUUGAUCAGCUUGCAAAAUCGAUCAAAACUAUUUCCAAAAUUAUAAUUGACAGUGGAUUAUACUUAGUAGCUUUUGUAUGCAAAAAUGGAAAGAGAAAUCUGGCGGCUGUGAAUAAACUGAAAUUCGAGUCGGCAAGACGGAAGUUACGACGAGGGGAACGCUGUUACGGUAAUAUAACAAUAAAAAACCAAACUAUAAUUCCAUUGUAUGAUCCGCCGACUCUCAUCAAAGGUGUACGUAACAAUUUAUUAAACUAUAAUCUAGAAUUUGAUUGUGCGGAGAGAGAAGAGCGAAAAUUUGCGUCGUGGCGGAUUAUCGAGCAAGCAUAUCGUAUGGAUCUAACUCACAACGUAUAUCGAUUAAUGCCGAAAAUCACUAUGGAGCAUGUAAUAAAGAGUAAGAUGAACAUUAAAAAAGUUAAAAAUGUUACGCAAGUUUUAAGUAUGACGAUGGGUGGUUUCAUACAUCAUCAUACCAAGUUGAAAGGACAUGUAAAUACAAUUUACGGACCAUUAAAAAUGCCGGAAAAGGAAGGUCUCGACACAGCAGAAAUGAUAUUAUUUUUUGAUCGAUUGUUCGACUCUGUAAACGGACAUACCUUGAAACCAGAGAAACCGCUGAGAGUCGCUGUUUCAGACAAUAGCCCGCAUUUGUCAUUUUGGCAGAAAGCGAUAAAAAGACUACGCAGGAUGCGAUUUGUUGAUCCCGUAGACAAGAAACCGUUGAAAGAAUCGAUCGUCCUGAGAAACUGGAUAUCCACUUUACAGGGAUUCCGUAAAUUGUGGAAAAUUCUAAAAAAGUACAAGUUCAAGCACUUCAGGCCGCGAAUCUUGAAUCAGGAUUCGCUCGUGCAUUUCUUCGGACAAAUCAGAUCCCUUGGCGAGAGGAACGCCAAGCCCACGUGUUCGGAAUUUGAGAGCUCCUUCAAGACGUUACUACUCAACAAUUUAAAGUCACGUUGUAUUGUGGGAAGUAACAGUGAGAAUAAAACAGACGGGCCGCUGUUGUUCACGUUAAAAGAGUUCAUCCGUUGCAGAGCCAAACAUGCGAGCAAUGAUGAUGGUUUAACGCAAAAUUUGUCAGACUUGGAGACGAAGACCAAGCUGUCAGAUAAAAUACAAAAUUAUGAUGAUAUCUGCAGUUCUAUAGCGAGGAGAAUCAUGAGAAGUUCGCAUGUUAAAGAAUGCCAAAUAUGUAGAAAUCUUAUCUCGGAUCCGACAAAGUCCGAGUUGGUCCCCAGCGAACGUUUGUUGAAGACUUUCGAGGAUGCUGAUGUUAUACUGGCGCAGAUAAUGAGUAACGUAUGUUAUCUACAUCAUACGGCGCUGAUGUUAGAAAUCGAACUGUAUACGUUAAUGGAUUUACAUUGGCUCAACUGUCAACAGCACCAUAAUGUGCUGAAAAAACUUCUGAUAUCGUAUAUGGUGGUGCUUUUUAUUUCUAAAUGGUGCAAUGGCAUAAAUGACAUUUUAACGGACGAUGAACGCGUAUCGUUGUCAUAAAAACACACAGUGAAAUAACACAGUAUACUUUAUUGUGAGGAUAUCCCAAAUUAUCGAAGAAAUUUCUCACAAUAUUUAAACGCCAUAUCUCUUUGUUUUAUAUAAUGAUGUACUUUUGACGCUCAAAAUGUAGAUCAAAUCAACGUCGAUUCGAUGAGUCACUUCUCGCUGGGGAAUAUUACUAUUCGAAUAUUCAAUAUAUUAGUACAAAUGACGUUCAGUAACUAAAAAAUGACCAGCAUAUGACAUGUAUUUGUCAGCUACCUGAGUAUAUAAUAAUGUAUCUUACGAUAUUUCUUGGGUUUCCUCGGAUAUCUUUUGGUUAAGAUAUCCGUAAGAUAUCAACAUCCAACUAUCUAAGGAUAUCUUAUGGUUAUUAUGGCGAUAUCUCAUAAUGAUAUCUGUAGGACGUCUCUCAGAUAAAGUGUGCCGUGUGGGGUAUAUUCUGAACUUACUUUUAUCGAUAAAAAUGCUUCUAAAAGUGACGUAGGAACCACUUAAUUGGUUAAGAAACCACAUUUAAGGCACUUUUAUCGAUAAAAGUGAGUUCAGAAUAUGGGCCUGUAUAAAA